UAAGGGGGGUGCGGAGCAGGCGGAAGAGGCGUCCGUGCGGGCGGCUAGGUCGCAGAGAAACAUCGUUGGGAUCAGCGAUUAUCACCUGUUCUACAAGAUGAGUAACAGUCACCCUCUUCGCCCCUUUACUGCUGUGGGUGAAAUUGAUCAUGUGCACAUUUUGUCUGAACAUAUUGGUGCCUUGCUGAUAGGGGAAGAAUAUGGCGACGUCACAUUUGUUGUGGAAAAGAAACGCUUUCCUGCCCACAGGGUAAUUUUAGCAGCGAGGUGCCAAUAUUUUCGAGCGUUACUGUAUGGUGGGAUGCGAGAAUCUCAGCCCGAAGCAGAAAUCCCUCUUCAAGACACCACUGCAGAAGCAUUCACAAUGCUGCUAAAAUACAUCUACACCGGGCGGGCAACGCUGACAGAUGAGAAGGAGGAGGUGUUGCUGGACUUUCUGAGCCUAGCUCAUAAAUAUGGAUUUCCAGAGCUGGAGGACUCUACCUCUGAGUAUCUCUGCACCAUACUUAACAUUCAGAAUGUCUGCAUGACUUUUGAUGUUGCCAGCCUCUACUCACUUCCCAAGUUAACUUGCAUGUGCUGCUUGUUUAUGGACAGAAAUGCUCAGGAGGUGCUCUCAAGUGAAGGCUUCCUCUCUCUUUCUAAGACAGCACUUUUAAACAUCGUAUUAAGAGAUUCAUUUGCAGCUCCCGAAAAAGAUAUCUUCCUAGCCUUGUUAAAUUGGUGUAAGCACAAUUCAAAGGAGAAUCAUGCUGAAAUCAUGCAGGCUGUGCGUUUGCCUCUGAUGAGCCUCACUGAACUUCUGAAUGUUGUGAGGCCUUCAGGACUGUUGUCUCCUGAUGCCAUUCUGGAUGCUAUUAAAGUUCGAUCUGAGAGCCGGGAUAUGGACCUCAAUUACAGAGGCAUGCUCAUACCAGAAGAAAAUAUUGCAACUAUGAAGUAUGGAGCCCAGGUUGUAAAAGGGGAGCUGAAGUCUGCCUUAUUAGAUGGUGAUACUCAAAAUUAUGAUUUGGAUCAUGGAUUUUCUAGGCACCCAAUUGAUGAUGACUGCCGUUCUGGCAUUGAGAUUAAGCUAGGUCAGCCAUCUAUUAUCAAUCACAUACGGAUACUCCUGUGGGACCGAGAUAGCCGGUCUUACUCAUACUUCAUUGAAGUGUCAAUGGAUGAACUUGAUUGGAUCAGAGUGAUUGAUCAUUCGCAGUAUCUGUGUCGUUCUUGGCAGAAAUUAUAUUUUCCAGCCCGUGUCUGCAGGUAUAUUCGAAUAGUUGGGACUCACAACACAGUGAACAAGAUUUUUCACAUUGUGGCUUUUGAAUGUAUGUUUACAAACAAAACCUUCACUCUUGAGAAGGGGCUGAUAGUUCCCAUGGAGAAUGUUGCAACAAUUGCUGAUUGUGCCAGUGUGAUUGAAGGAGUCAGCCGGAGCCGAAAUGCCUUGCUGAAUGGGGACACCAAGAAUUAUGAUUGGGACUCUGGCUAUACGUGUCAUCAGCUAGGAAGUGGUGCAAUUGUGGUUCAACUGGCACAGCCGUACAUGAUCGGGUCAAUACGGUUAUUACUUUGGGACUGUGAUGAUCGAAGCUAUAGCUACUACGUUGAGGUUUCCACCAACCAGCAACAAUGGACCAUGGUGGCCGACAGAACUAAAGUCUCUUGCAAUUGUUCUUCAGUCACCUUUCCAUCUGGUGUGCACCUUAGGUCUGGGGCCACUUGCCGCUAAGGUGAGCAUGUCAGGCUCGUCCUCGUUACUGACCUCUCUAUCUUAAACCUUGAAAUUGGUGACUUCAGUUGUUCUGCUUCAGCCAGUGCUGCUGAGGGCCAAAUGAAGUUCACGCUGAAACCGAGUCCUCCUCGCCAGGCUCAAAUUUCAGAAUCAUUUCUCCCUUCACAGCUGCAUUUGUACAUCAGUCCUGAAAGUUGUUUCUAAAAGAUUAGGGCUAGGGAAAUGUAGCCAGCCCUUGGCUUCACGUCAGCCGAUGCUCUAGCCCUUCAGGCCCACCUGCCCCCCUCUCAGGGCUUCCUUUUUCCCGGCAGGAAGCCUGUGCAGAUCUUGAUUGAUUCAUUCAACCCAUUUUUAUGAGGUACCUUCUGUGAGGUUGGAACUAUGCCAGGCAAGCAUCCACCUGACCACAAAAGUCAAGAGCGCAUGGGAGUGGGCUGGUGCUUGCAUCUUGGCGGCCCCAGUUGACUACCGAGAGUGUGAAGUGCAGGCUGUCUGUGGGUUAGCAGUUUACUGUUCACCUACUGCUUCCCAGGCCCCCGGCUGGUAGAGACAUCAGAGCCCCGCCCCCAAGGAGGGCACAGGCUAGUGGAUGAAAUAACGUGCGCAUGGAUAAAAAAUGAAAAUCUGUGUUGGAAUUGUUUGGGUUUAAUGUAAAAUAUUUCAAUCUCAGCCUUUAUAUUAGGGAUUUUGUUCUUGAAGUACUUACCAGUAUCUUUCCACCAGAAAGGGAAAGUGUGCAAUACAGUACCAUUAACUGCACGUGCAGAAUAAAAAUCCCUGGACUAGACAUCAGGAGGCUUGGCUCUCAACCAUAGUUCUGCCUCUGACUGGCCAAGCAUCCUAGGGCAAGUCCUUUACUCUCCCUGUACCUCUGUCUCCACCUCUGUAAAACACCAAAGGCUUAUGUGCAGGCUCUGAGAACUGUACUUAUUAAAAUAGUACAGUUCAUUGUUAUCAACAAAAAUGUGAAACAGUUAUGUAAAACAUAAAGUACAAUGGAUUUAUCUCUAAUGUUCCUUCUAAAGUUUACAUACCACAAUUCUCAAGUCCUACUAGGGUAUGUGUUGGCUGGACAGAUGUACCGACACCAACAUGCAUGUAUGCUAUGCAUAUAAAAUAUAUAUGUGAGCUUUAAUAAACUCCUGCAUGUGAGGUAGAGCCAGCUGCUUCUCUGUCCUCUCCCUAGCCCCUGGAAACUCUCAUUUGUUGCCAUGAACCGGGCCCAAACAGCUACGAGGAGCUCCACCUCUAGAGAGAGGCCUGCAACCUCUGAUAUUCUUGUUGUUGAGUGAAAAAUAAAUAAAUAAAAUGAAAUAUAUUAAAUACCUUGAGCUUCCUGGAGAUAAAAGCUGUAAUACAUACACUAAAGUUAUAUUUGAAAGAAACGUGGUCAUGUAGAACAACGAAUAGAGGUUAAAUGACUCUGUGUUGAAAGAAGGGUCAGGAAGUUCACCUCUUCCUUCUACAGUCACUAAGUACACACCUCAUGACUGGAAGCCGUUUCCUAAUGAAAUAUUAACAUCCAGUAGAUGGUGGGUAUGCAUUAAAAAUGUUUUAACAUUUGUAUUUUUAGCAUGGACACUGUGGUAUCAGUUAAAAUAAUUAGCCCUUGCCUUUAAUCUAAAAGCCUUAUCUCUUUACUCUUACUUUUUUAGAAGGCAGAUGUUUUAAAACUGAUUUGAAAAUCAAAUUUGCCCUUCAGUGAUUUCAUUUGGAAGAAACAUAGAAGUAAACAUUAUAAAGGAGGCUUUUCAGUACAUUAUGCAUGCAAAUGUGGCAGCCGAAUUCAGGUUCACAAGUGGAGGUGGAUGACUGUUCUGGUUGAGAAAGGUUGAGUUGUUUAAAUGAAUACAAAGGUCAUCCACCCUCAGAGCGUGUUCCUCUGUCAUUUAGUAGCAAGGCUAUUGCUUCAUGGUAAACUCUAUCUGCCAAAAGGGAAGAAUUGAAAGGCUUUGGCAGGCAAAGUGAAGCCGCGUUAAUCGUGCAAUGGCCGUGGAUCGCUUUUCAUUGAGCCCCUGCUCUCUGCCUAGCCCUGUGCCGGCUGUAACAGAAUGGGGUUAAGGGGGUUUUGUGCUCCUCUGGAAAUACCCACUGCUGGUGUUGAGGCUGUGGUUACAGCAAUUAACUGUGUCCUCAGAUAUAUUUACAGGUUUGUCUGAUACUCCUCGAGGGUCUGGGACUAUGUCUUAUUUGUUUCUGAAUCACCAAAACUCAGCACACAGACUGACAUGUGGUAGGAGCUUAGAAAUGAUUCGUGAGCAAAUGAAUGAAUGAACUUAUGAAUGAAUGAUGAGGGAUUAUAUUUUGGGGGCAUUUUUUCUUAAUGGAAUGGGAACACAGGUUUUUCAGACUUACAGGGAAUUAAUUAGAUAAAGGUUAUCACUACGGAAGAGUGGAAAAUGAGAUUGAAACUAAUCCAAACCAAAUUCUUGCUAUCUGUCCAGGAGAUCAAAAACCUGAGCCCUCCUACAUGUCUGUAGAGAAGUAGUCUCCCAGGGGCGCCUGGGUGGCGCAGUCGGUUAAGCGUCCGACUUCAGCCAGGUCACGAUCUCGCGGUCCGUGAGUUCGAGCCCCGCGUCAGGCUCUGGGCUGAUGGCUCGGAGCCUGGAGCCUGUUUCCGAUUCUGUGUCUCCCUCUCUCUCUGCCCCUCCCCCGUUCAUGCUCUGUCUCUCUCUGUCCCAAAAAUAAAUAAAAAACGUUGAAAAAAAAAUUAAAAAAAAAAAAAAAGUAGUCUCCCAUCUAAGGAAGUGUGACCACCCUGCCUACAUUUUGGAUUAAAAACCCUAUAGGCCUAGCUCCUCACUGGGUGGAUUCAGGAACAGGAUGAGUGGAGCAUCCCUUGGGAAGAGCUUGCUAGAGCAGGCAGGAGGAAGCCUGGGCUUUAGGAGGAAGCUUGACCUCUUUAUGUGAUAGUAAUCCGUGAUCCAGAGAGACUCGUUUAAAAAGGUCUCAUUAAGGGCGCCUGGGUGGCUCAGUCGGUUAAGCGGCCGACUUCGGCUCAGGUCAUGAUCUCACGGUCUGUGAGUUCGAGCCCCAUGUCGGGCUCUGUGCUGACAGCUCGGAGCCUGGAGCCUGUUUCCGAUUCUGUGUCUCCCUCUCUCUCUCUGACCCUCCCCCGUUCAUGCUCUGUCUCUCUCUGUCUCAAAAAUAAAUAAAUGUUAAAAAAAAAAAAUUUUUUUUAAAUAAAUAAAAAAAAAUAAAAAGGCCUCAUUAAAUGAACUGCAGCUCUAAGUCCAAUGACAGUCAGGAACCUUCUGGGAAGAACUUUAUGCUAUGCUACCUCUCUCUUGUAUCUUUUAUCUCUUUCUAUUUAAGAAUCCUUAUUUAUCUCAGGUUUCUUAGGGAACAUGAUAAAAACUUUUCUGGGUUGUUCCCUGUUUUCUACCCUCCUUUUCUGCCGGGAUGGUUCAGAUUAGGCGGGAGGUUCCAUGUGUAGCGCAUACCCCCUCCCAUUUGCUCCUCUGGCACUCUCCUCAGCCUGGGCAGACAAGACCACCUUCGCCUCUGGUGUUGGACUGGUGCUGAUGGCUCCAAGAGUUUUUCCCGAAUACUUCUGGCUGAAGCUACUUCUACAUCUCUAAUCAUUGGAAAGCAUAAAAGGGGCUUCUUUUAACAAAUAUUUUGGCAUGCACUGCACACAAGGGAGAGUCAGCACUACAUUCAUACUCAUUGUUCUGUGUCCUGAAUCAGGUUGAGAAUUCACUGAACUCCUCCUUGAGCCCUGGAAAGUGGACUUUCUACAUCAUAGGUCUCCCUAGGAAGCCCUUGGAAGGCAAAACUUUCAGUCUAUUGACAAACAAAAAAGUCUCUGAGUUUCUUAAGAACCUAAGUCAUUCCAUGAAUAAAAAAGAUGUGGUGUGUAUACAUAAUGGUGUAUUACUCAGUCGUGAGAACGGAGGAUAUCCUGCCAUUUGUGACCACAUCAAUGGACCUUGAGCACAUUAUGCUAAGCAAGAUAAGUCAGACGGAGAAAGAUAAAUACUGUUUAUCAUUUAUAUGUGGCACCUAAAAAGGCCAAACCUGUAAAGUGCGCACGCACAUGCACACACACACACACACACACACACACACACAAAGUAAAAUGGCAGUUACCAGGGGAUGGGGUGGUGCAUAAGAGUGACGGUGUUUAAGGGUACAAACUUGCAACAAGUAGUAAAUAAGUCCUAGCGAUCUAUUGCACAGUAUAAUAAAUAUAGACAACAAUGUUAUACUAUAAUUAUGUAACUGAUAAAUAUCACUACAAUGGCAAUCAUAUGAUAAUAUGUAAAUGUAUCAAAGUAACACACUGUACACCUUAAACUUACACAAAGUUACACAUCAGACAUUCAAUAAAAAAAUUGUUAAAAAAAACCUCAUUCAGGGAAGAGAAAGGGGUGGGGUGGGAGAGGUGGAGUGUACCUGCCAGAUGCACGGAUGACUGAUCUGUUAGGAAGCAGAGACUAUGCCAGCCCCACUCAUUUGUCUUUGUGUCUCUCAGAGGCUGGUGUAGAGAGAUGAUGAAGGAAAUAUCUCAUUGGUUUCCUUUACAUUUGAGGCACUCGUGUAGAUAUGAGCCAAGAGAGCUAGCACCGGGGUUCUCCAUUUUACCCCUGCCCGUAAAAGCAUCCUCUGUCAGCAAGGGACAGCAGCAGCCUGUGGGGCUGUAGACGUCCAGAGAGAGCAGGGGAUGGCGAAACCUCCACGACCAGCUUCACAUGAUGGCCCCCGGUGUCCUCUAACGAGAACCCCGAGGGGGCCGUCUCACAGACUCCUCAGGGUCCACUCUUCUCAACUUCCUUCUCCCCUGCUGUCCCACACAAGCUAAUGCCUUCUUCUAUAUUCACAUCCAUUUAUUCCCCCAACCUAGAAACAUCUAAUCAUACUCAACUCAUUUCUUUCCAUUGUCUAGAUCGAUUGUGUUUGCUUCUGUCUUCUCACCGACUCUCAGCUGGUCUCCGCAGCCUCCCCCUCCACCUCCUGUCUCUCUUCCCUUUCUGCCUCUAUAGUUGCCAUUAUAAAACAGAGCUAUCAUACCACCACUUGCCCACAAUCCAGGUGUCUCUGCCUGACAUCUGUAGGAUCUCUGCAAGAUCCUACAGUCUGACCCCAAACUUCACAUCCACCUCUUUUCCUCUUGCUUCUGUAUCCGCCCUCUGCUUUCAAUGCCGUGGGCCCCUCCUUGUUCUCUGGACCUGAUCUGUGCUUUCUCGUCUUGGUGGAACGUCCAUAUGUUAUUGCUCCUACCUCAAAUGCUGGUCUUUAUUGUCCAUCCCUAACCCCUGCCCCUUCUCUGGCGAAUUCUGGGUCAUCCUUUAUGCCCAGCCUAGUGUUUGUUCUCUAUGAAGUGCAUCACGACCCCUCCAGACUAAACGUGGAAUAGCUAGAAUCCCCAACUCAGCUAAAUGUGGGAACCGCUCUUCCUUGAUCAGCCCUGAAACUGGACUCACAGACUUAGCAAGGAAGCGGAGGAUUUCAGGCCUGGCUAAAUGACGAAGCCACUUAAAGGGUUCAGAAGAAAGUAUUUUAAUUGCAUGGUAAGGAGGGCAGAACUGAAUCUGGUUUGUUCACUUCCAUGUUCCUGCCAUUGGUACAAGUUCAGUACAUGCUAAUGUGCAUGAAGGAUCCAGGAGACCAUGUGUGUCCUGAUCUAGAACUUAAAAGUCACUGCUGGAACUUGAGGAGCUCGUGGAUAACAUAGUCGUCAAAAAGGAACUGCGGGACCCAGAGACUCCCCUUCUAGGCAUACACUCAAGAGAAGUGAAAACGUAUGUCCACAUAAAAGCUCGGACAUGUGUGUCCAUUCACAGCAGCACUAGUCAUAGUGGCCUCAAAUUGGAAACACUCCAAAAGUCUACUAACUGAUGAAUGGAUAAACAAAUGUGGUACAUCCAUGGAAUAGUAUUUGGCCAUAAAUAAAGGAACGGAGUACUGAUACAUGCUGCAACCCGGAUGAACUUUGAAAACAUUUUGCUACAUGAAAGAAGCUGUGUAUUAUAUGAUCCAUGUAUCUGCAAUGUCCAGAAUAGGCAAAUCCAUCAUAGAAACAGAAAGUGGACUAUGGGCUCCCAGGGGCUGAGGGUGUUGGGGAGAAUGGGGAAUGACCAUUAAAGGGCAAGGCGUUUCUUCUUGGGGAGAUGAAACUGUUCUAAAAUUGAUUGUGAUGACAGUUUGCACAACUCCGUGAAUAUACUAAAAACCAUUGAAUUGUACACUUUGAAAGGGUGAAUUUUAUGGUACGUGAAUUAUAUCACACUAAAGCUGUUAUUUUUUAAACAGAACAAAGAGUCAGUGGAGCAUUCCCAGGUGGGGGCUAAAAGUACCCUUGCACGAAGCAGGAAGGACUCGUGUUAGGGACUAGGGACAGCUCCUCACAGUAGGAAGGCCCUCACAUUGCCCCGUUUUGUUAGCAUGAAUUCCAGCUUCCAGACCCCCUGCAGCUUUGGCUCACAGAAGGACCACACUGCUGUUGGUGGGCUCUUAGCUCCUAGAAAGAGACUACACUGAGACCGCAGCAGAGAAACAUAACUUCUCCCCACUACAUUUUCUCUGCCUUGUCCUUGCAAUUCCUUCGAGAAGGAAGAAGAGAGGCAUGGUUAAGAAAUUCACUUUUCCCUUCUCUCCUGUUUCCUGCUCCUGUGUGGCUGGGCCAGGGAUUACUGCUCUAAUGCAUUUUUAAUUUACAAAUGCAAAUUCAGAGAUUUCAUUCUGGGGCUUUGGGGUGAGAAGAGAGCAAAAUACAGACCAGAGGGCCUUGCUUACAUAGUAAAAAGAAUGGUCCUAUUUUCCUCACAUGUGGCUGGGCCACCACUGAGCCAUUGCAGCCCCAUUUCUAGCCCACUUAAUAUGUUGGAUACCAGGUCAACAGUAUGAGUUCCUUCUAUAGAGUCUGACAUUGUAAUGGGACUCUAAGUCAAUAAAAUUCAAAUUUUAAAAUCAGAAUGAUUCUUGCCCCUAAUGUUACACUAGAAUAAGCAUAUAUAAAUGCACAGGUUAGAGACAUUUACAUGAACUUGACCUGAUUGAGCAACAGCCCUCAUAAAUGGUCCUUGUGAUGUGAAAACAAUCUAAUCCUGUAACCACAGAGCUACAUGUGACAUGUUAAUUCUGCACCAACAUCAUACUAGAGGUCUCUCAGAGUGCAUGGUUUUUAAGUGGCAUGUCUGUGUUAUCUCACAUAAUACAUUUUUACUACCAAUUAUUGUCGGACCUAACUCACUGCUGGUAAUUCUGUUUGAUUCUUUAAUAGCAUCAUAAAAUAUUGAUAACAAACCAAAGUUGAUAACAACAAUGGUAAGAAAGGAACCAAGAACCAUUUUUAUUAAUACAAGGGAAGUCAUAGCAAAUUUAUUUCGUUUCUCCUGAUUCCAUAAUUCUCACUGUUAUUCAUCCAUUUAACAAAUAAAUUGAGCACCCACUAAGUGUUAGGCACUGAACAAGAGUAGACAAGAUACGUACUUACAUCAAGUAUACAUCUUAGCAGGGGGAAACAGGCAAUAACAUAAAUAAGAAACUUCCAGCUACGGAUAAAUGCUAUGAAAAAAAUCAAACAGAAUAAUAGAUAGUGAUGAGGCUGUGCUAGGCAAAAAGCAGCUACUUGAGCUCAGGCCUCUCUGACAAAGUGACAUUUGAGCUCAGUGAUAUAGAAGCCAGCCUUACAAAGGCUUGGGGAAAGAGAAUUUCGGGAAAAUUUAAGGUCACAAAGAAGAAAUGAACUUGGUGUAUGUGCAGAACAGAGAAAUAGCUGGGGUUGCCAAAGCUUGAGGAAGGAGUCAGAGAGUGGUAUGAGAUGGGAUGGAGAGGCCAGGACCUCUCAGAUCGUAUAUGACCUUUAGGUCUUGGUGUAAGGAGUGCAAGUUUCAUUCUAAGAGCAAUGGGGAGGGGCGCCUGGGUGGCUUAGUCAGUUAAGCAUCCAACUUCGGCUGAGGUCGUGAUCUCACGGUCCGUGAGUUCGAGCCCCAUAUCGGACUCUGUGCUGACAGCUCGGAGCCUGGAGCCUGCUUCAGAUUCUGUGUGUGUGUGUCUCUCUCUCUGUGCCUCUCCCCCGUUCAUGCUCUGUCUCUCUCUCUCUCAAAAAUAAAUAAACAAUAAUAAACAAAUUAAAAAUUAAGAGCAAUGAGGAGUUGUUGGAGGGUCUUAAGCAAACGAGUGGUAUGAACUGAUUUCUACUUUUUAAAGAUCACUCUGGUGGCUGUGUGAGAAAUGAAUUGAAGGGAGGUAAAUAUGGAACUGAGAGACCAGUAAGGAGGCUGGUGCUAUAACCCUGAAAAGCCAUGAUAGGGUCUCAGACUAAGGUGGUGACACUGGGGAUGAUGGGAAGUGGUUGGCUAUGGAAAACAUACUGCUGAUGGACUGGACGGGGAGCCAGAGUACGGAUGGGAGAGAGGAGAGAAAGAGCUCCUGGUAUAUACCUUUUGACUCUGUCCUUAGUCCUGGACAUUUCAACAUUUCACUGUUUUAAUCAAUGCCCUGAAAGAAGACAGAAGGCAGACGUGAGAUUUAAAAUGAUCUCUCCAUCCUCUAAUGUGGCACCAAACCAACAGGAUGGGUUUUAAUGGGAAUAAAUGUGAUGCCCUCCAUUUAGGUUCAGAAAAUCAAUUGUACAGCACAGUAUGGGGGCAGUGAAGCUUGAGAAAUGUUUAUGUGAAAAAAAGCUGUGGUUUUAGUUGACCACAAACUCAGUAUGAGCUGUUAGGAUGAGGCUGCUACAAACGUGAGGCAGUCUUAGUCUGCACUGGCUGCAUAGUGUCCAUAUACCCACGAGACCUUCCUCUUGUGCUCUGUGUUGGUCAGGACGCAUGCAUCCAUAUUUAAAGAGGUACGUUGAAGAUGACUAGAUGAUAAGAGUUCAGGAAGCUGAUUCAUGAUGGAGGGGAGUGGGCAGGGUAUCAACUGAAGGAACCAAGGAUAAAACAAGACCCAGGUAUGACAAGACCAAGGAAGUGGGUUGUGAGGUCACGAUAAUGAUCUCUCUCUCUUUUUUUUUUAAAGUAAACUUUAUGCCCAACAUGGAGCUUGAAUUUAUACAACCCCCAGAUCAAGAGUCACAUACUCUACCAAAUGAGCCAGCCAGGUGCCCCUGAUAAUGAUCUUUAAAUGUCUGCAGAGCCAUCUUGUGGAAAAGAGACUAAUUCUAUGAACCCCAGCAGUCGGCACUAACAUUUUUUAUCCAUACCUUCAACACACAUUUAAUGAGCAUCUACUCUCUCCCACUUAACAAUUUUUUUUAAGCUCCUGAACUUACGGUGCUCCGUUACGGUCCAGAGAGACACAUACAUAAAUAAAUAAAUAAGUGCAGUAGAGUAUUCCAGAUGCCACCGUAGAAGUGUUCAUUGAGUACAAUGGGGACACAGUGGAGGGAGCGACCAUUCCAGCUGAGAAGGGUUAAGAAAGGUCUCUUGGUGGAGGUACCACUUACACUGAAUCUUGAAAGAUGAGUAGAUGCUGGCUGGGGCACCAUGUAGGGUGGGGAGGGGUAUUUGGAGGUGCCUCAGGCAGCAGGAGUGACGUGUGCAAGGGCAUGGGAUGUGAAGUAGCUUGGUGUGUUCAUGGUUUGGCAUGACUAGAGAGUGGGGUGGGAGGUCCAGGGACUUCCCCUUCUUGGUUCGGGGCUGAGGAGGAUUUGUCCCACAAUGUACCCUGGGCUGCCCCUGAAGUAUAGUGUGACAACAGGGAACAAGCUGGAGAGAAGGCUGGAGGGACAACCUGGGACCAGACUGUGGAAGUCCCUGGAUGCCAUGAUGGGGAGUGUAACCUUGGUCUCCUCUAAUGCAGAAGAGAGGACUGCUAAAGGUGUGCUUCGUUCAGGUAGAUUGUGCUUACAACAGUAACUAGAAUGAAUUGGCAGUAAGAGAACCAAGAGACAGGAAAACAGGGAAGCAGCAGUUAGAGACGAGGGUUAACGAGCAUCUACACUAGGAUGGGAGCGGUAUUCCGGGUGAGAAGCUGAAGUGGGGUGGGGAGCCCUUUAGGGAGAGCAAGAAAAAUUCUCUCUGUGCUCUAGUGCCCCGGGGCAGUGGGGCAGAACUGGGGCAACCAGUCAGCAGGCUGGACAGCCAAGGGCCCAACAGAGGCAGAAGGGCUUCUUCUGGGCCACACACAUGUUCCAGAAGUGCCAGAUGGCAGCAGAACCCACUGUUCUCAAGUCUGCCCACCAGUCUGUGUCCUGGUGCCUGAGUUCUCAGCAUGGAGAGACUGCGGCCUUCUCCCAUCAUGCUCUCCCUCAGAGCCCCAUCAGCAGGAGGAGCCGCAAGCACAAGACAGAGUGGCCCCUCAUUUUCUUCACAGACACAGAGUCGCGGACUUCUGCAGAGGCCACUUCUGAAGCACUCUCGAACCACUUCCUCAGCCAGCUGACUCUGGCUGCCACUGUGGCCGGCCAGCCCUGCUGUCUCGUCCGCCUCGUGCCAUCAACCACUUUCCUUCUGUCCUGCCCCACCAGAGCAACGGGGACAAGGACAGUCACUGCCGUGCAUGUCUAGGGCUCUGUAGCAUCCGGCCAGCCUCACCAUGUGGCUCUUUAUUCUACAGCCAUUUUUGAGAGGCUCAUUGUUCAUUCCUUCAAGAAUCUCUGGAUUAGAAAUCUGAGGAAUUUGAAGCCAGCGGGUAGCAGAAUCUAAGCUGGGAAGUGCAGAAUAAGUAUGUACCCUUAAAACAACAGCAAGUGGCAGCACUAAUGCCUAUAGCCAGGACUUCAAAGCACAGACCCCAACAGUGGUCCCAUUUGGAGAGAAAUCAGAAUCCCAGCAUUUUUGAAAACUUGAAGAAAGGAACUACCUGACCGUCUGGAUGAUGUUCUGCGUCUCCUUGCGGUACAGCAUUUGGUCUCCCUGUUAAGUGGCCUGCACAGGGGAGGCUGGAGGUACACGUUGGAUAAGAAAGCCACUCCAGGACACUCUUGUGAAGUGUUGUAAGCCUUGCGCUGCCCAAACCUCUGCUUGUCUCAGCUGUAAAAUCCUGGGUCAAAUUGUGGUCAUAAAGUCUAUUGCUUCCAAAGCAACCCUGCUGUCUUUAGGUCUUUGUUUUAUUCAGGGCUGCUCUGUGAGCUAUAGCUUGCCUUUGAUGGGCCACAGCAGUGUUUUUCAUGUCUAACUAGUGUGUUAAUGUUUGUGAGAGGCUGUGGUUAAUUGGAUCCCCACGGUACCACAAAUGGCUUCAGACGCCGCUUACGUUGGGGGAGGUAACUCUGUGACUGUGUGCAUGCGUGUGCGUGUACACAUGUGCACUCACACCUGAGCAAGCACCAAUGAGACAAGUGUUCUUGGGUCCAGGUCUCAGCUUUGCGAGUGUUAAUACUUGUUUUUCCAGAGUCAAAAGUCUUGGCAUCAUCCCUAGAUUCUUAACCUUUCUUCUCUCACACUCUUUUGUUGUGUGUAUUGUUCUCGGGCCGAUUGGAGCUGCUGAGCCAGACUCUUCUCGACCGUGGCUUAACCCAUACUCGCAGACCCCUUACGAACUUCCACCAUCUUGCUGGCUGCUGUGUGCCAUUCAGUCCCCAUUUACUGACUUUCCUUUCUCAAGGUUGUAGCACCAGCAGGGGCUCCCACUGUCCCAAAUCUGUAAAAGCUUUCAAGUACCUUCCUGUUGCCCUGUCUUGCUUUGUUUUGUUUGUUUUUCAUCACUGCAUUAUUUAAGGGCUCAUGACUGACAGCCAUCCCAGACCCAGCCCCUUCUUCCUCUACAAAAGCAACUUAAUAUGAAAAGGAGCUGUUCUGCCAGGGCCCAGCCUAGGGGCCUGUGGGACUGCAGCUUUAAUUCUCAGGCCACAGGCCUCAGAAGGCAGGAAAGGGGGGCAGGCAGUCCAGUUCAAAUGGGUGGAGUGCUGGUGAGGUGGGUGAGGAGCCUGGGAAGUCCUGGAGAGCCCUUGCCCGGGAUGACAGGACACAAGGGCAAAGGAGCCAGCAAGUUAAAGGCUUUCAAAGCGAGGUGAAUCCAUGCCCACAAGCACACCCCCACAGCCAUGCACACUCACAACCACAUCCGUACCCACUCCAUACACACAAAGGGCUGGGCUGCUGGGCAGGUCCACAGCAGGUGCGACUGCCAGGGGAGUGGGUCCUCUGCCAUGUUACUGGUUGGCUGCCUGACAGGCAUCUGUCUAAUCUCUGUAACGUCCACUGCCUCUGACAGGUAAUGUGAUGGGCUUGUGGGAUUCCUCUAGGCAUGCCGUUCAAGAGAUGAUCCUAGUGUUGCUGGCAUGGUCCAUUUUCUCCUCACAAACUUCUCGUGGUUGCAGGAGGGGCAGGUGAAGUGGGGCUCUAGGGCGCCUCCAUCUUUUUGGAGGGGCACUUCCAUUCUGACUCUCUGCAUCCCAUGUCUAUAAAAAGGCGAACACUCGCCUUCCCCUGUUGGGAUGACCCCCGGAGACCAUGACUUCUCUAAGUCACCAUACUUUGAAUUGUGCAAUCCAACCACCGAGAUAGGGAUCAGCGUUUUAGCAUUUUUCCAAAGAGAGGGUUUCACACUCCCAUCCCCUCUCUAAAACCAGUGGUGACCUAUUUCUAGGAACUUGAACAAGCCUAACUAACAUUCCUGUGGGUGGAGCAGAGGGCAAGUCAGGGCAGGUGUUUUUGUAAGGAAACAGGAAUAGGUAAGUACCCUGGGGCAAGGCAGGCUGCUGUGCCCUAGGAUUUGGGAUGCUUGGAAAGCAGAGAAGUCAAUCUGCCUCUGGCUUCUAGCCUUAUAUUCCAUCCCAGCCAAGGGACUGUGCUCGCUCAUUGAGCACAAGUAUUGUUAGUCUCUUUUUAUGUGUGUGCCAUACCUGCCUCAAAUCCGUGUACAAUGAGGUCAUCUCCAAGUGGUAAAACUCUGUGCAAAAGUAAGACAUCACUAGAUCUCUUCAACUAAGUCAUAAUCUCCUUCAGAUCCAAGAUUGCCUCUGACACUUCUUUGGACUCUCAAAGGUAGUCCCUAAUCUCUGCUCUUUGCCUGGCUGCUCAAGUGACCAUUGAGCCACACUGGUUAAAUGACCAUUUCCAGGCAAAGUUGGCCUCCUCUGUUAGUCUCUCUCAUAGCACCCUGUUUUUCUCCUUCAUAAUACCUGUCACAAUUUAUAAUAUUACAUUGCUUGUAAUUUACUUACUAAUUUCUGUCUUUGCUGUAGACUUUAAGUUUCAUGAAAGUAGGACCUUGUCUGCUUUGUUCAUAUCUACAUUACCAAUACCCAUAUAAUACCUGGCACAUAUUAAUAUUUUUUGAGUUACUAAAGGAGUGGUUUUGCAGGAGGACAUUAGCCACUAUAGAGCCAGAGAAUGCCUCUGUUCUCCUAGAUCGUAUCAACUAGGGAAGUCCUUGACCUUCACCAGUUUUUCUGGACUAGCUUCUUCAUGAAUCCUGAGCAUCCCACCUCUUCCCAUGACCACUGAAUUUGACUGCUGGUGACUUGAUUCAAAUGGAUCCCAGAGCCUCUAGGGACACAUCACUGGGUAAGAAGUGGCAACUUCCUUAACCAAUUUGUCUCAUUCCAUUUGUCCCUGGUGUUGUGGGAGGUGAAGAGAUGGGUGGUUUUGAGGCUCUGGAGGCACAGAGCUGGGUAGGUGGACCUCUGACCAAGCAUGCAGGGCCAAGUGCAAAGGCCGCCCUGGGGAGCAUCCACAAAGAAAGCAUACUCUCAUAUCUUCCUGUCCAUGGCGACUAUAUGUGCCCAUCUCAUAGGGAAGCUCAUUAAGACAUACAUUUCACCACAUGCCAGCAAGAAUUCCAUCAGAAGUUACUUACCUUAAGCUGUGACUUUCUGACCCACAUUUAUGGGUUUACCCAAAUUAAAUUGUGGAAUUGCAGCAUCACACUUCAUUAUUACCUUGAAAUUACAAUCCCAUCCUGAAUGACCAAGCCUUGUAAGCAAUGUAAGCACCACCUGACACGCACGCUCUGAAACAAGUCCCAUGUUAAGCUGCACAAGUGUGUAAUGGGUGAUACUUGGAUAACUCUGAUUAAAUAUAUAAAUCAUGAAAAUUAGAAGUGGGAAAAAAGUCAGCUCUCUGCUUGGAUUAGCUACAUACUACUGUUUGGCUCAAUAAUAGAUCAUUUUCUCUCCGCAGAUCUUGCUCUUACACAGCAUUUUUUUUUUACAUGUUUACCCUUCUUUCAUGGCACUUCCUUGCCCAUGUUCACACCUUCCAGUAGACAGAGCCUCUCCAUUUCUACUCUUUGUACAUUGUGUGUACUUUGGCUGGUAAUCUCUAAAAGGCUUUGUGCAAGGUUUUUAAGUAUUUUUCAUCCAACAUUGGUUUUGCCCCAAGGAUCAUCUUCCCCCAAGCAGUGACACUGGAUUUUGACAAUCCUUUUCUUUCACAUCAUUAUGAGAUGGCCCUCAUCCAGAAGUAUGCUCGUGACCAUAUCCAACAUUAGGAAUAUUGCUCAGAAGGCCAGGGGCUUGCCAGCUGAGCCAGGCAGACUGAUAAAUCCAAGAAGAGGAAUGACAACAUAGAAAAAGAGGUUGUGCAGGCCAAAAGACUCGAAUAAAUCUUACUACUGAAUUAUCCAUACUUCAGAAUUAUAAAGAACUCCCAGACACUCCAAAAGACUAUGGGAAGAAGACCGACCAAUACAGGGAUUUCAAAGCAAGAUGAGAAAUUGGGCAAGUUAGGGGAAGAUGUUGGGACUGGGUUUAAAUGAUUAAAAAAAAAAAAAGAAACAAAACAAGAAUGAAAUAAAAGAAAACAUUUGGCUGAAAUGGAAAGGUUGAGCAGGAGCAGUGUGACAGGGUGGGGACAGACCUGUGGAUGGGGGAGGAAUUGGGUAAAAAGAAAGAUAAUUGAGUAUCUAAAUCCCAAAUGCCUAUGCAAGGACAACUUCUCGUGUUUAGAAGGGUGGUUAUCUGGCACUACAGUUCGGUGGGUUCAGCUGUUAGAAUCCUUUUAAAUUAGGGGCACCUGGGUGGCUUAGUCAGUUAAGCAUCCAACUUCAGCUCGGGGCAUGAUCUCACAAUUUGUGGGUUCGAGCACCACAUAGGGCCCUGUGCUGACAGCUAAGAGCCUGGAGCCUGCUUCGGAUUCUGUGUCUCCCUCUCUCGUUUGCCGUCUGUCUCUGUCUCUCAAAAAUAAAUGUUAAACAAAGUUAAGAAAAAAGAAUCCUUUUAAAUUCUUUAUUGUGAUAAUCUACAAAUCUUCUCCCAAACUCAGGAUUAUAACUUCAUUUCUGCUGGUUCACACCACAUCAGAUCUAUUAAAAAAAAAAAAAAAAAAGGUACAGAAUGGGUAAAGAAAGCAGUGAGAGGAGAUAGAAUGGAAUAUGCCAGAAAGACCAUCUGUGGCCACCCCCCUGCUUACAUGUGUGUAACAUGUCUAGCUAUAAGUGAACAUUUUAUAUGGAUGUCUCAUUUACUUUUGAUGUAUGUGGUGUUCCUAUUUUUGAGAGACAGAGGUGAGUGUUGUAUAUUCUUUAGCUGGAACCUUUUCAGUUCAUGGUGCCUCCUUGGGAUUAUAUUCUGCAUCUCAUUUUGUCCAUUAUUAAAAUCAGAGGUUUUUUGUCAAGUCAAUAAAAUGAUUGAGUUAUCAAUGCUAAUUUAGUCCUUUCUCUCUUCAUCAGUGUGAUUUUGAAGCAUUUUUAUUAGUACCUUUAAGUGCUAUGUUUGAGUAGCUAAAAGUCCUGUUUUUUAAGACAAACCUUAUAUUUCAGUGUCAGAUGUAUCCAAUUCAUGAUAAGUGCUUAGACCAGUCUCUUAGCUUCUCUGGGUUUCAUUUCUUCUGAACAAUGAGUAAUUAUGCCAGUUCCUCCCUACGUGUAGGGAUAUUUGGAAGGUAAAUGAGAUCACAUCUCUGAUAGCACUGCCUGGUCUUCAGAGGAAAUCUGCAGUAUUGUUACUGGGCUGUUACUGCUCUCUUCCAAAUUGCACAGCACAUAAUGCUCGUGGCGCCCACAGUCUAGCUGGGCUUUCACUGGCAAAAUGAUUUAAAGGCACUGGCUUGUCUCGGGCCGUGCUCAGGGUUCCCUGACGUUCUGUGGGUAGGAAUCUGGUGGUGCUCUUGGCCUCGUGUGUGUACAGUGGGGUGUUGAGUGUCUGAGCCUGGAAUAAAGAAGGUGGCAGUGGGCUCCUGGUGGGAGGCUUUUGGACGGGAGGCGUCUGGGAUUAUAAGAAGGCAGGUGCUGACUUACCUGUUUGCCAGUUUAUUUUCUUUGGGGGAGGCAGUGUUUCAAUUUACUGCAUUCCUUGGAGGUUUGACAUAUCAAUUAGAUGUUAUCGAUGGUAAUAGAGGGGCAGUUGCUGUAAAUGUGAAGUUUUUACUGGUAGGCCAUGAAAUGACACCCCAAGGGACUGUAGCAGAGUGGCAUGAUAAAUAUUGUGUUACCUGCACACGGGCAGAGGGACUGAUUAAUAGGGGAGGAUGAUUCUAUCUCCUGCACUAAAAUGUUAUUUAUUCAUUUGCUGUCAAUCAAACCUUCUGUUCUAAUUGGCUGAAAGGUUAAAUCAUCAAGAUCUGCUCAUAAACCAAGUUAAGGUAGGAAGAAAAGCAGCAUUAAAUCAUAAUCAGUAGCUUGUUUAUUUACAGCAUUAUUGUAUCUGUGUGACCUUGGAGAGCCUCUCUCUACCCUCUGGUUACAGUAGCGGCCCUGAGCUGGGGACUCACAUGCAUGAGUGGAGGUUGCUGGAAAGGAGGAGAUGGUUGCCGUGCCUGGUGGUGUAGCCAGAAUCUGAAGAAGGCAGUGCUCAGCACAGUGUUGCCUCAGCGUAAUUAAACCACUGCUACUCUUUCUGCUGCAUUUUUAAUGUAUGGCUCUGGUAUUGCACAAUACUUGUAAAAGGAAGACUUAUUUUCAAAAAGACAAAUAUAUUUCCACACUAACAGUUUUAUAAAGAUGUCAGUGAAUAAGUAUAGGCACCAUUAAAUCACAUUUUAAAGGCAGGCUUCUCAUCGUGAUAAAUCUGCAUUAUCAGGUCUCAUUUCUGAAAUGAAUCACGCAUUGUAAAACUUUAUGGGAGUUGAGUUAAAGAUCCCUUGUUGGCCAGUACAAGUGUAUAUUGUCAAACCACGCAGGAAGGGUAGCUUCAAAUCCCAGUGAAAGUGCUGAUAGGGUGACACCCCUUUCUUAGAAGCCGUAUUUCAAGUACAAGCUACUUUGGGGAGGUAAGAAGCUUUUCUCACUGCCAAAGAAGCUUAUUCAAAGAAAACCAAGAGUAAACUCCCAUUCAAAGGUUCUCUCUACUCAGCUUGGCGCCACGAGGACACAGCUUGCUCUUCAGUGGGGCUGGUAAAGGUCAGUAACCCAGAACCACAGCGCCGAGGUGGAGGGAGCCUGUGCUGACGAGGCGUGCUCACCCUAGCAUACUGUCCUCACCACACGUACCACCCGCGACACACCCUGCACUCCUGCUCACUCACCCCCACCUCCUCCUUCAGCAGUCCAGACAGGCAGACACUGCAGCCUAAGAAGUGACUGCCCUACCUUUAUCUUGAUGUUUAACAAAUUCACUUCCACGGUUGUUUAUUUGGAUAUUUUAGCCACAGGUAGCCAUGUCAGCUCAUGAAUCGUGAAUCUGAUAGACCGUAUUACCAUGUUAAAUACCAUCAAUCUGCCGUAUUAAAAAUAAAUUUGCCAAAGAGGGUCUGAUCGUCACCUUUGUGGAGGGCAUCUGCAAGAUGACCGCUGAAUGCCUUCCUCAAGGUUUGAAAUCAUUUGCGUGUGUAUUUUAGGUCAUCGUAUCUGUGGAAAGGUGUAACAAAUGUUUCUAGACGGCUCGUAUGGCAAAAAUGGCCAACGUGAUCUGCUUUUUCAUCUUCAGUGACUGCUGAGUUCAUUUUGCUGUAAGAACACACACCCACUUCAUGACCACCCGGCUUCAUUGUUCCUAGUGAAUUACAAAGCUGUGCGGUCAUGACCACCCAGCCUCGCUCGUUCUGGUGAAUUACAAACCUGUGCGGCUGUGUUGUUCUGCAGUCAGGUCGCACGUGAGAUGCCGACACUGUCCUACAUGGUAGGACAAAAUUGGAGGUUGCUUCAAGUCUGAGAAUUAAUCAGAAAGAGGAAAGUUAAGAAGCUGGACGUGGGUGGCUAAUUCAGUAAGGAGAGACUACUUAGUCUAAAGAAGAGAUUGUGAUAAAUGAAUGUCCUCGUGCUCCCUCUGAAGGAACAGACUGAGCAGCACUGGAGCGUGUGGCUUCUACCCACUAAACCCUCCACAAAGAGCUAGUCAGUCAUCAGUAGCUGCCAGUGUUAACAAACCUGGUGCACACUCCGGGGGGUGGGGGGCACUCACAAAAAACUGUGUAGGAAGUCACACUCAACAAAUUGAUUGUUUUCCCCUAUCAGACAAAAUGUCAUACCCACCUAGAAAUUAAAUUUCAUAGAAAUGACAUAUCGUGUGUAACUAGUCAUUAAAGGUUUGUGCCUGAGAAAUACGCAAUCUGCUGAUCAUUGGGAUUUGAGAAUAAAGAAAAUUAAGACAACCAGUGUUUCCUUUGUUAUGUUGCCCAGUCAUCAUAGCUUCACAUGGCUCUCCAUGUUGAGUUUCUGUCCGUGUUACACACACUCAGCCUAUAGGCUAGAACUCAGGCAACUGGUGGUAGAUGUUCCAGAUCAAGAACGUCAGAACUUGGACAUGGGUUCAACUUCCUGCUGAGAUGGAAGAGAAAAUUUGAGAACAUCUCUGCAAUAGGAAGGGGCAAAAGUCCAGAUAAGCAGUCCUAGGAGGAAGUCUGGUAGGUCCAGGAGGUCGUUCUAGAAACAGCACAGCCUAGGAGCUGGUACUUAGGGAGUGUUCCAAGCAAGGUGCAGAGACCCCACCUUGGAUAUUGGAGUUCAGAAAUAGACUGUUGGACUGGAAAGGUUAUAGCAGGACCUUAGGACUUUAGGGAAUGGAAGGAAUUCAGCAGAGCAGGGGUUAGGGCUGUAUUUGGCCCACAGCCUGUUUUUAUAUGGCCUCUAAGAAUGGUUUUUACAUUUUUAAAGGGUUGUAAAAAAAAAAAAAAAAUAAAGAAUAGUAUGUGACAGGGAGCUAUGUGGCCUAAAAUAUUUACUCUCUGGCCCUUGAUAGUAAAAGUUUGCUGACCCUGGGGGUAGGCGUGGACUUGAGUACAGAAUAAUUACUGGAACGUGCUUGUUGAAUGACAAGGAAUGAGGUGAGAGCCAGUUCCUAGGACCCAACUACUUGAGAACAGGGUCCAAAGCAGGGCUCACCUUAGUGCUGAGUAACUUCCUGCAGAACCCCCCCCCCCCCGCACUUAGGGUGGGGGGAGAUGGAACUAGGUAGGGACUGCAGGGAAGGGAGAGUCAGGUGGGUCCCACAGCAGGUGGAAAUCCCUCAAGGACACAGGUAGUGUGGCAGCAGAGGGAUUUCUGACAUUUAUAGUAACUCUUUAUAGAGGGCUCUCCCAGCCUCUGCUUCCUUUGACUCCCUGCAGGAUAGGUAUUUUCCAGGUGUGACAGCAAGGACUCCAGAGAUCAAGUGAUUUGCCCAAGGCCAUAAAGCUAGUGAGUGGUAGAACCAGCCAAAACCCGGAUAUUGUCACUACUGGCUGAUGAACUUCCUGCUCCAACACAGCUCCUUUCCCAGGGUAGUGAUCCUUGGCCAGCAAACCUCUUCACCUGACCAGGAUACCUGUGGAGUACUUUGGAAAGCUGGAUUUAAAACCUUCCUGCUGGGUCACCUGGGUGGCUCAUAGCACCUGACCCUUAAUUUCGCAUCAGGUCAUGAUAUCCCAGUUCAUGAAAUCAAGCCCCACAUCAGGCUCCACACUAGCAGCAUGGAGCCUGCUUCAGAUUCUCUCUCUUCUCUCUCAGACCCUCUUGCUGCCCACAGUAUCACUUCCAUGUCAGUCCCCCAUCCUCACUACCACGUAAUUGUCUUCUUAUGUCUUUCUGGUCGCCUUAUUCUAAAACUACCUAUGAUUUUUCCAGCUUGCUGCCUUCUACCUAGUGUAACAUAGGCUUGUCCUCUUUGUUACAAAAUAGAACAGUGGAUCUCAAAGUGGGGUCCCCCGUUCAUCAGCAUCACCUGGGAAAUGGGAACCUGUUAGAAACUCAAAUUCUCAGGCUCCACCCCAGACCUGCUGAAUCAGAAACUCUGGGGGUGGGGGCUGGCAGUCUCUGUUUAACAUACCCUCCAAAUGCUGCUGAUGAGUUUGAGACCCCCUGGAACAGUACGUCAGAAUGUGCAUCAGAAUCUUAUGGACUACACCUCCUCCCUCCCUGUGGGAAGCCCUGAGCCUAGGGCAUGUCAGUGUUCCCUCCAGAAGGUGGUUCCUGUAUUCUUCAGUGACCAUGAGGGUGUUAGUGACAGCUACAGCACAGGUCAGGGUAUACUGGUUCAGUUAUGAGAACCAGUGGGAAUUUCAGUGCCACGGCAAAUUCUUCAGAUGCUGUCAUCAGCUGCUAAGCACCCCUGUACUGGGGGGAGAAGUUUAAGAAGAUGGAAAAUAAACCUGCGACUGUACAUGCAGGGACCCAGACCUGGGAGUCCCAGUAUCCAAGAUCUUCAGCAGAAACCUGUGUUUCCCAAAUGCUGCAUUGCUGUGGAAUGCAUUUUAGUGUCCCUAACUCGACUCAGUCACUAUAAAAAGAAGGCUGAAACAAGACCCCUCUGAAGAGCUCGGCAGAGCCUAUACCAGUUUGCUGGUCCCAAGUCUACUGCUAACAGGGUAUUUUGACCCAAAGUUGGGAGUCAUGAUCAUUCCCAGAAAAGAUUAUAAAAAUGAAGAAAACGAAAAUCAUGAAAACAAAGAUGGAUAUCCAUAUCCACCACCAAAGAUGGGGCAGCCAUCCCCAGUUAUAUGCUCUGAGUCAACAAAUGUAGCAGUGCCCGCUGCUUUCCAAGUUCAGUGUGGUUCUCUUUCACGACGUUUUGUCACAUCCGGGGAAAUGGCUCCAAAAAGGACAUUUGCCAUCUUUAGUCGUAGAAUAGAGCAACGGUCCUUCGUGAGGAGUGAAGGGCAGAAAUAUUGAUAUCCUCCCUAAAGCUUUAAAAUUGAUGUUGAGGGGCCUUCUCCCGGGGGCAGUUUUUAAGCUAGAGCUGGAGCUGUUCUUAGUGACGGCACUGUUGGUUAGGGUUUUGUUGUUGUUGUUGUGUUCAUCUGUAGUUCAGAGUCUCAGAUCUAGAAUUCCGCUGACUUGAUGGAAAAAAACAAGCUGAAUGACAGAACAGCUGAAAUUUCAUCCAUUUCUACACCUCACACCCCACAGCCCUUCAGGACUACACAGCAGGACACCAGCGUGAUCCUGAUGGGGGCAGAGCCACAACGAAGCAGGGAAAAGAGCAAAUCCUCUCGCAACUUCAGGAAAAUCUACUCUGUGCUUUCACACACUUGGUUGAACUUUUCAAAAAUAUUGACUAAACAACCUGCCAGCUGUGAUUACCAACAGCUCUAUUUGGCAGUCGUUGACAGAAAGCCAAUGGGCGUGUGCAACGUCAUCUAGUGCUAACAGGGCCUUCAUUAGCAACUGUUGAGGAGAUGAGUGCUCUCCUGGACCCAGAAGAGUGAUUCCUGUCCCCUGGUGGUGCUCACUCAAGCAUCAGUAAACUGUUUGCUUAGCAAGCCCAGGGGCAGACAGGAAGCCUGCCUGUACAUCUCCAUCACUCUGAGGGUUUUUUAUGUCCCGAGCUCCAGGAACACAAAUAAUAUUCUUUCUAAGCUGCUCCAAAAUGCAAUUGAUAGAAAAUAUCAUGGAAAAGGUGAAUUGCCAGACAGUAAGCCCUCAUGACCGAGAGCUUAUUCAUAAAAUGAUGACAAAUUUAUUGCACACAUUCACUGCUGGCUUUCUGAGAUUAAUAGCUGAUCUAUCUGAUUUUAAAGGCUGACAAUGGAAUCAGAAAGAGUUACUGGUCAGUUUUCUCACCCAUCCCUUCACCUAGAAACCUUCCUCCCCAAGAAAUAAUACAGAAAAAUAAGCUGAUUAAGCUUCAGCAACCGUCUUACAGUAUUUUAUUGCAGGAGAUUUCCACGUGCCAAGGGUAACUUUUAACCUUGUUGAAUGCAGUUUGACUUCUUGGCAUCUGCCUUCAACUCUGCAAAGCCCUCAGGGCAGGGGACUAGCACAGCAAAUAA